GCAAAUUGACUAAGAAUUUGCCCAUGGUGUCAUGACUUGUCCGUAUAACAUCCCGUUACAACUCCACUGCCAUAGAGGGCGAGCGUGAGCCGACUACUUGGUGGCUAGUUCAAACGAAGAAAUUGCAGUUGUGUAAUUAACCCUUUUGUUUCCGUUGGCCCUGCAGUAUGUUUACGAUGCAAGAAACUUCGUGUAUGUUAGCUCACAAUACAGCUUUCAUAUACCCUAUCAAGCUAUCGGUGUUUGUUCUUACCAGCGCUCGUUCAUUGUUAACAUUGUUGUAAUGUUAGCCUGCCGGUUUUAGUUUAGCCUGAUCAGAGACGGUUAACUAUAGAAUCUUUGGCCUGAUUCUUAUGACUGACAAAAAGGUCUGCUAGUCGGUCCCGUCCCAGCCCAGCCUCGUCUAAACGGCGUGUGAAAUAGGCCUUUAUUCGUGUUUGGUAAAACAAGAGUUUUAAUUUUGUGUCAAACAUGGAGACGGCCCUGGCGGAAAAGGCAUCUCAUGAUCUGCCAAAAACAACGUCCGAGCCUUUAUCAGCUUUUAUGUUGGCUAAGAUAGAACGCAAUAGGCAACGGGCACUAAUGUUGAGACAAGCACGACUGGCGAGCCGACCGUCUUCAGCAUUGGGAGAAGGUGGGACUUGUGCAAAAGUCGCGAAAACAGUUGAUUCGGGAGCAGGCUUUUUCAUUGAAGAGGAUGAUGAAGAAGACGGACAAAUAGCAAAGAAACUGACCCAGCAGCCAGCUCCUGUAAUCGAAUCUGAGUAUCUGGUGUGUGAGGAGUGUUCCAAGCCAUUCAUGGACUCUUACCUGAGCAACAGUUUUGAUUUAGCAGUAUGUGACAAGUGCAGGGACAAUGAGGUGAAGCACAAGCUCAUCUCUCGCACAGAGGCGAAGCAGAACUACUUACUGAAGGACUGUGAUCUGGACAAGAGGGAGCCACCACUACGCUUCAUUCUCAGAAAGAACCCCCACAACACUCACUGGGGGGACAUGAAGCUGUACCUCAAGCUGCAGGUGGAGAUGCGCUGUAUGGAGGUGUGGGGGAGUGAGGAGGCGCUGGAGGAGGCUAAGGAGACACGUGAGGAGAACCGAGAGGUCCAGAAACAAAAACGCUUCAACAAGAAGGUCAAAGAGCUGAGGAAGGCGGUGAGAAGCAGCAUGUUCCGGAAGGACACCAGCAUCCACCAGCAUGAGUACGGCCCUGAAGAGCUGGUGGACGAGGAGGAAGACCUCUACAGGAAAACCUGCACUAGUUGUGGUCAUCAGCUCACCUAUGAAAAGAUGUAGCCUGUACCUGCCAUCGUCGGAUUACAUUAAAAGAAGAUAACUACAUAGAACAUCUUCACCUGGGACCAGCAUUUGGACCUAAGUCACCUGCUCUGUGGCGCUCACUUGUGUGAGGAUGGCAUAAGUCUCAGGGAGCAUAUCCAGGUGUCAUCUUCAGAACUAACCAUAAAGCGUCCUCGGGGCAUUUUUUCACCUAAAAUGUAUUCUGCAUCAGGUUUACUAUGGCAGAAUCCUAUGGAUUAUUUCCCUUAGAAACGCGACCUACGAGUACACCAGAACAUCUUGUCUGAGGUCCCUGGCUGAUUACCUUGCUUCAGUAAGGUAAAUCCUCUAACGGGACCACAUUUGUCUGUGGGUAAAAAAAACUACGGACCGACCUCUUCAUGGAGCAGGAGCUAUUAUGGAACAAUUUAAUGAUUAAUGACCAUUAAAAAUGCAUAUUCCUAAAUGUUUUGAUUUUGUUACAGAAUUGUCUACGGUUUUCUACAUUUAACUGUUUUUUUCAUACACCUUUUCAACAUGCUAGAUCAUCGUUUUAUCUCAUUGUGGAGUAGUGCUUUGUGAGCAGCACUUCCUACCUGCAGUAGCCAAUCCCUUUGCUGCUAAAUUGAACAAGCCCUGAAUCUCAAUCUCUGAUUAUCAGUUGUACCUCUAAUGCUGUGUCACUAGAUGGUGUUGGAGAGCAGUUACUGUCGGAGCGGAUUUUUUCAAUGCAGAUCUCCAUUUAAAUGUUCUUUUAGUCUAGGACUAGGCUUAAUACAUACCGGAUACAUUAACACCGGAUUAUAAAUUGAGGAUAAAUUAAGGAUGAAUAUAAAUACUAUUGAUGUUGAUUAUGUCAGUACUAAUGUAGAUUUCUGCUGGUUAAAAUGUGUUAAGUUGUAAUCUGCUCUGCCACCUGUGUGCUCGCCCUAGGCUGCCUCUUUGGAGGCUGCCCUGGGUUAAACAGGAACCUCACGUCUACUUUAACCUUGUGGUACCCCACCCCAUGAGCUUGGUAACUCACUCGUUGUAGAGAAUCCAUCGACCGUUAACUGAGAAAUUCUUAAGGGGAGUUCAGUUUCAGGUGCAUUUUCCAGUUUACGACCAGUGGGCAAACUGCUAGCAGAUGCAUUCCGUUCUCUCACUACUUUGCACUUGUUUAUCUCCACAGAGGGACAUCUUGGAAAGUCUAGGAAAAAAGUUGAAAAAAGUCUAGGAACAUCUAGGGAAAAAAGGAAAGUAAUGCAUUUUGGACUAUGACCUAGUAGGAAGGUUACAAGGAAUUCAUAGGGAAGGCUUAUGGUAAUGUGAUAAAAAUAGCAUAAUUGUAUACUGUUACAAUGACAUUGUGGUGUGGUUGUCAUGGUCUGAUUAUGGUUUGGGCGAAAAUAAAUUGUGUAGAUUGGUCGAGCUGUUCCACACUAGAGAUUUGUAGCCGUAUGUCCUGCAUCCUGCAUUGAUGACCGUUGCUCUGAGGAUUGUAACUCGUCCCCUGUCCGGCUCCAGAGACUCUGUUGAGCCUGCUGGAGAGAGACGUGGCAAAUUAGACAGACCACCUGAAAUGUAUUUAAAUAUAAGGACAUGGCUGGUGUAUGGGCCAAAGCCGCCAGGGCCUGUCCACAGAUGUCUGACAUACCUUAAAUUAUUGAUGACAGCUCUACAUCAUCCUUGGCUUUUUUAGGCACUUGUUACCCAGAGUACAACCAAAGGGCAAGACAAUAAAUAAUAUCAAACAUGGCAGUCAAAGUUAUUGUCCCUGAUCGGGUAGGGCAGAAUGUGUAGUCAAGAAGAUCAAACUGCCAGAACUGACUUCCAGUAAUGAUUCCAUAGCCCCAGGAGUGAACUCAUGUUCAAAUGAGCUGGUGUUGCAGGGUUGUGCUGCUGUUGUUGUUGUUGUGGUUGUGCUGCUGUUGUUGUUGUUGUGGUUGUGCUGCUGUUGUUGUUGUUGUGGUUGUGCUGUUGUUGUUGUUGUGCUGGAUGGGAAGUUAACAUGGUAUGAUUCCAUAGCCCCAAGAGUGAACUCAUGUUCAAAUGAACUGGUGUUGCAGGGUUGUGCUGCUGUUGUUGUUGUGCUGUUGUUGUUGUGCUGGAGGGGUAGUUAACAUGGGGGUUAUGCCACAGGGAUGAGACCAGUGUCUUGGAACCUGCUAGUGUGGUCUCUUAUAGUUAUUUCAUCACCAAAUUCAGUUGCAAUAUAGCUGUUAGCAAUAUAGGUCUGUUAAUGUUUACUUAGAAAUAUCCAAAGUAACUUAUAAUAACAAUAACAAUUAGUAUUGAAGCUUAAAGUGGUCAAAUAGAAUUAAAAUAAUAAUAAUGGACUAAUACUAUAGUUUUUCUCAGUCACUUUGGCGCAAUUCUCAGAUCAGAAUUGAAAUUCUCAAAACUGUUUGUUCAAACUCCAUAUUAUCGUCACUUGUGCAAAUCAUUAAAGUAGUUUCUCCCCAUCUUGAACAAACAGCAAUGGUUUAGUACGUACUGUACAUGCAACUGAUUUUGUACAAAAGUCUGUUUUUUACAUUUCCAAUUGUCAUGUUGGUCAAAAUGCACUAUAGUUCCAUGCUGAAUAGUCCUACCCCAUAAAACAAAUUGGCCUUAUUUCAUCGCUUGAGUCAUUACAUGCAAAAGUGCUGAACUUGUCAUGUCUGUCUAGCAUACAGUAUAUACAUAUAUGUGACCUGAUAGACAGAAACAUCAGGAUGUAUAGAAAGAUGUACAGUGGUGCACAGCUCUGACCAAGGGGUGCUUUACUGUACAUUGGUCAUUUUUCAUUUGCACAAUGCUGUAAAAGCCUUUGUUUUAUUUAUACUGUCACAAUGUCUGUCAACAGUAAAAACUUUUAAACAUA